AUGGCGGUGCAGAACUCGACAGGAGACGUCACUGCCGACGCAGACAGCGAUUCGAGCAGCCAGAGCACGGUGUCGACCAUACAGCCAUUUCCACAGCUGCGCAACAAUGCGGCGACAGACGUGGACACGGACGUGAGCACGGCGUCUUCGCGGGCGGCGAUGAAGACGCGCAGUCGGGUGGCAGACGCAGGCGAGGACAAUGACGACGACGAGGAUCCGGUUGUGGCGAAGCCAUUUUUGCGGACGCUGCGGGCGACGAGCGCAGACCACGGCGGCGUCAGGGGCUCAGGGUGUUCGGACAGCAGUCUGGACGAGGAAGAGGACGAUGAGGUGGCCAACAGCGGAGGAGGAGGCGGCGGGGGACCGCACGCAGCGCAAGCAGGAUCAGGCGGCCAAGGUGGCGGAGCCGAAGGGCGAGAGCGACGGACGGCAAUUGCACAGGAACGGCUAGGCCACAAGAUGCACAAGUUCACGCUGUACGAGACGGCAAGCCGUUACUACAUUGUGGGAGAGGACGUGACGGGACGACGGUACCGGGUGCUGAAGAUUGACCGGACGACGUCGAGCAAGGAUGGGCUGAGCCUCACGGACGACCGGAUCGUGUACAGCCAGAAGGAGAUGAUCCAGCUGCUGGACACGAUUGACGACGGGAACCGGUUGACGGGCGGGAUCAAGGUGCGGUGCACGAUGUGGGGACUGCUGGGGUUCAUCCGGUUUACGGGGCCGUACUACAUGAUGCUGAUCACGAAGAAGUCGACGGUGGCGGUGAUCGGGGGCCACACGAUCUACCAGAUCACGGGGACAGAACUGGUGCCGCUGACGCCGGGACGGGGGGCCGGACGGGCGUUGGAGCACGUGUCGAGCAGUACUGGGGAGAGUGGAGGGGGGGGUGAUGGGAGCAGCAACGGCAACGCGAGUGGAAACAACAACGGCAACACGACGACAAACGCAGCAAACAGCAGCACGACGACCAACAGCAACACAGCCCACCACCACAGCGGACCCAGCGUCAGCAGUGCGGACGAGGCGCGGUUCCUGACGAUCUUUAACCAGGUGAACCUGGCGCAGUCGUUCUACUUCAGCUACUCGUACGACCUCACGCACACGCUGCAGCACAACAUCAGCAAGGAGCGGACGGCACUGGCGUCGGGGCGACGAUGGCCGUGCGACGAGGACCACAACUCGAUGUUUGUAUGGAACACGCACCUGCUGCAGGCAGCACGGGCAGCACUGGCGGCGCCGUUCGACUGGUGCCGGCCAAUCACACACGGCUACAUGGACCAGGCGUCGAUCUCGAUCUACGGGCGGACGGCGUACGUGGCGAUCAUCGCGCGACGAUCGCGACACUUUGCAGGAGCGCGGUUUCUCAAGCGGGGCGCCAACGACCUCGGAUACGUGGCCAACGACGUGGAGACGGAACAGAUCGUGUCGGAGGCCAGCACGACGUCAUUCCACUCACCGGGACGGCGGCUGUUUGCCAAUGCGCAGUACACGUCGUACGUGCAGCACCGCGGCAGCAUUCCGCUGUACUGGACGCAGGAGAACACGGGGGUGACGCCGAAGCCGCCGAUCGAGCUGAACCUGGUGGACCCGUUCUACAGCGCGGCGGCGCUGCACUUUGACGACCUGUUUGCGCGGUACGGCGCGCCGAUCUACGUGCUGGACCUGGUGAAGGCGCGCGAGAGCACGCCGCGGGAGUCGAAGCUGCUGGAGGAGUUUCAGCGGGCAACGCGGUACCUAAACCAGUUUCUGCCGGCGGAUCGGCAGAUUGUGCACCACGCGUGGGACAUGUCGCGAGCAAACAAGAGCCGGGACGUGAACGUGAUCGAGGUACUGGAGGCGAUUGCCGAGCGAGUAGUGGCGACGACAGGAUUUUUCCGGAACGGCGAGGGCGAUGGCAGCGGAAACGGAAGCUCUGGAUCAGAAACGCCAGCACGAGUACAAAACGGGGUGGCACGGACAAACUGCAUCGACUGUCUGGACCGGACGAACGCGGCGCAGUUCGUGAUUGGCAAGUGCGCGCUGGGUCACCAGCUGCACGCGCUCGGAAUCCUGGACGAGCCGACAGUCCGAUGGGAGACGGAUGCGGUCAACCUGUUCACGCACAUGUACCACGACCACGGCGACACGAUCGCGGUGCAGUACGGCGGCUCGCAGCUGGUGAACACGAUGGAGACGUACCGCAAGAUUAACCAGUGGCAGAGCCACUCGCGCGACAUGCUCGAGUCCUUCAAGCGCUACUACAACAACUCCUUUCUGGACGGCCAGCGCCAGGAGGCCUACAAUCUGUUCCUCGGCAACUACGUCUAUGCGCCGGGGCAGCCGAUGCUCUGGGACCUGCCGACCGACUACCACCUGCACCACGCGGACCCGCGUCGUUGUCUGGAACAGCAGCAUCGCCGCGACUACGUCCACUGGUUCACGCCCGAGAACCUGCGCCGUCGGCUGCUGCCGCCGUUGCCGGCCGAACGACCGGCCGAUCCGAGUGGUGGUGGUGGCGGGGGCUCGUCUGGGCUGACACGUGGCGGUCGUCGGGUCAACAGCCGGCACGGGCUGAUCGCCAGCAAGCCACUGUCGUAUUUUGACGACUACUGGCUCGAGUUUUACCGGCCCUUCUUCCUGUCGUCCUUUUCCAAGAUGUUCACCUUUCGGAUCAAGUCGACGAUGAAAUACAUUCCUCCGGGCCCAGCCCACCACGGCCAGUACGAUCUGAGUCCGUUCAAGGUGCGCAGCGACACAGGAGGAGGAGGUGGUGGUGGAGGAGGGGGAGCGGUUUAUAUUGGAGGCAAUGGAGGCGAUGUGGAUGCAGCAACAGCAGCAGCAACAGCAGCAACGGAAAAGAAACGAAGCCGACAUCGGAAGGAGGUGUCGUUUGCAUCGACGGACGAUGUAGCGAGUGUGCGGUCAACAGGAACAGCAGCAGCAGCAGCAACAGCAACAACAACAACAACAACAACAACAGCGAAAUCAGAUCGGAACUCAGACACAGCGUCACUGCAGGGAAUCAUGCGGGAGGGCGGUGCGGGGACGAGCAGUCCGGGAUCGGGGACGAUGGCGACGAGCACAGCAGCAGCGACGACGGCGACGACGACAGCGACGAUCAUGUCGUCGCAGGGUCCUGGACGGCGUUUGGCAGGAGAAGGAGGAGGAGGAGGAGGAAGACAGGGUAGCAGCCUUGACACGACAACGGUGAUGAUGGGUGGUGACAGCGGCGGGCUAUCGCUCUCUGAGUUGGACGCGCGACGACGCCAGAAGAAGCAGUCGACGCUGGAGAAGACGCGACGAGCCCAAUGGACGCUGGCCAAGAUGGUCGAGGGCUCGCUGAACCCAUCGGUGCAGGAGACAGACGACUAUGAACGCUACAUCAGCCACCUGCAGAACCUGCGGCUGGUCGUGCCGGACAAGGCGGAGGGCGGCGGCGUCGUCGAGGUGGCCGACGACCGCAUCGUCAGCAACAACGACGAGUACGACGAGUAUGUUGACGGGAGCUGGAAGACGGACGGACUCGGACUUGGACUCGGACUUGGGCUCCGAUUCGGGGGGUCCGACGGGUCCGACGACGAGACGGCCCUAUACGGCGAGUUGCUGCGGGUGUCGGACAGUCCGCUGACGGUGACCGAGGGUGACGCCCAGAAGAAGCGCUACAAGGCAUACCGGAAGUGGCUGCAGGGCAAGUCGUUUUUCAAGCAGCAGCCCGUCGACGGCUGGCUGAUGAGUUAG